UUGAGUUUUACUACGGAACAGAAUAAGACUCGAGAGAGAAGAACAGGGAAAGAUGUCGGGAGCGCAGGGAGCGGAGCCGAAGGGAUCGGAGACGGCGACGAUGUACGAGUCCGUACAGGGAGGAGAGAACAAGACAAAGCUGGACAUACGGUCAAAGGAAGACGAAGGCGGUAUUCAGGUCGACACUCUCCAAGACAAACUCCCCGACGCCGCCGGAAAAGGUGGUCCCGUCUUCGGCGCCGGCAAAUACGACAACAAGCAGGAUCUCGGCGUCACCGGAACCGGCUAAGCGCUCUACCCAUGCAUAUAUGAAUAUGUGUAUAUAGAUGCAUGACUCGUUCGUGUCCGAAGAAUAAGAGGGCGUAUGCAUGCAUAUCUCUGCACUGGAUUGCGUAUGUUGAAAAAUAAAUCUUGAUAAACUGUAUCUCAAAGGUAUCGAGGGAGACUCAUGAGAGGCGUUGGAUUAUACAAAAAUCGUGGCCUUUCUCUAUUUCA